CUGAAGCUUAUUGCAGAGCAAGCGCGGAGCCGUAUUAGGAUAUCCGGAGCCCGCGGAGAUUGAAGGAAUUGUCUCGUCUGCCCUCGGGAGACCAAGCCGUACGAGAAAAGGAUGGCCAAUCUAUUUGAACGUUGCGUUCUGCCCUGCUGCAUGAGAUCAACGAGACUUCAAGUGCUGGGAUCCACAUUUGAUCGCUACAGAUAUCUGGAUCCGCACGGCAGAGUUCCCAACAUGAUACACAAAUCGAAGAUCCGCGAGAGCAGACGUGAGCGUUCUCAAUGUCCCAGAGAAGCCACGGAAAUAGCAAGCCCCCGAUGCGCGAAUUGGGCGGCCUUGUCAGCCACGUCUGACGACUCUGAAGGACAAGUCAUAGCGCUUUCUUGGAACUAUGUCCCGUUUUUAUGGAACGAGAGAAGGUCCUUGCUCUUCGGCGUAUUAGUGGUCGACGAUGGGCGUUUAUCAAUACAUCCAUUUGGCAGCUUCUGGGAAAGUGUCCGCAGACAGCUGACAUGGCGAUUGGUGGUCAAUGUUUCCCCAGUAAGCCUCUUACCAGAAAGAUUGCUCCGGAAGGUGGCGUCAAUUCAUAGCGUAGCGGGAUUGUUGCAUUUGAUAGGAGGAUUAAGAUACAUAGGGAGAAACGAGGGAUCAGCGUGCCGUCGAGUGACGAUCAUGCCAUUACAGCGAGGGACUGGGGGGAGAACUAAGCGAGACACGACUACAGCGACUGGGACAGACUGGCCAGGGCACGUGAACGACGCGCGGAAAAAAAUUGCGAGGGUGCCAGCGGAAGUCGUUCGACAGAGGGCGACCUCGAGCGGACUGGAACGGGGGCUAAUUAGUAUGUUUGUCGGGGAGAUUCGAAGGAGGUGGUCCGAGCACUGCGGGCGACACCCAGGAGAUGCGCCAAGUUGCCCCAACGGACAGAUCGAGUCGGCAAGCGCCGCUCGUAGAUCUCCUUCUUAUAAAACUCUACCACCUCCCCCGCCGCGCUUUUCUUCGCCUCUGUCCUUUCCCUUUAUUUAAAGACGGGCAGGCCUCCAUCCAUCCCGUCCAUCGAGCCCGCCAUGGCCAAGGAUACUUGCGAUUCCAGGAUCACCGUCGAGCAGACCCCCUUUCCCAUCCCCGACCUCACCAUAAAAGACCUGCUUUCCGUCAUCCCGUACGUAUUGUAUUCUUCACCACUCGUGACCAG